AUGAUCAUGCUCAUGAGCAUGCAAGAGGAAAUGGACCCGCAGGUGGAGCAUAUUCUGAACUUCAAGGGCUCAAUCAAAGGAAGAAGAGGGAUCAAUCGGGGCAGGGUCUCCAGAGCACGGCUACUGCACAAGGACUACUUUGCUCCAAACCCAACUUUUCUGGAUGAUCCAUGGUUUCAUCGCCGUUUUGGCAUGCAGAAACCAUUGUUUUUGCGCAUUGUGGAGGGAGUGGAGGCACACGACGACUACUUCCAACUCAGAAGGGAUUGUUGCGGCCAACUUUAUUUUUCUGAUAAGCAGAAAUGCACGACUGCUCUGAGGAUACUUGCACCUGGUACUUCCACAGAUGUCGUUGAUAAGAUGAUCCAAAUGGGGGAUAGCACAUGCCUGAAAACUAAUGUCAAGUUUGCCCGCGCCAUGGUGCAGGUGUUUGGAGCAGAGUAUUUGAGAGAACUCAAUGUACAGGAUACAUAA